AAAAAUCGGAGUCGGCAGCUUACCGCAUGAGAACGCAUAAAGGGGUUUAAUUUAAGUGAAAUUUAUUAAUUUUUUGGUGAAAAACGUGUUAAUUAUAUGAUACCAAUUGAAAAAACUUUAAAAAAGUCAUUGUAGAUUAUUUUGCCUAGCAAAAAGAAAAAAAAUAAAAGGUCUUGUACGAUAUUAACGAUUUUUAGUGAAGUAGAAAACCUCCCGACAGAGAAGUUGUGUAACACCAAAUUCUUAAAAUACAACAAAUACAUUUGUUCAAUCAUUGAUUGAAAAUCAAAUAGAAUGGCGUUGGAAAAUGAUAAGAAUACAACUAAAUCCGAUAAUACUGGACCAAGUGAGGCCGAUAAGAAAUCAAUAAACGAAAACACCGUUGGACAUAAGGGAGACACAAACGCAUCAAAAAAGAAAGGUAAAAAUGGAAAGAACGAAAAUAAAUCUGACGUUUUAGCUAAUGGACAUGAUGACAUUAAGAAUGCAAAAACCAAUGGUGCUGUAGAUUCAAAUGCCAACGAUUUGGAAUCGGCGAGCGGCGAGGAUAAGAAAAAUGACGAAAGUGUUGAUAAGAAAAAAGAUGCCGCUAAAUCAGAAGGAGGUGAUGGUAGUGAAGAGAAUUACGAUGAGGACAUAGAUUUAGAUGCUUUACACGAUAGUGGUAUAACGGUGCACAUUCAAAGUCCUGGUGCAGAACUGCUCUCUGUGCAGUUGUCGAGUAUGGAACUCGUACAAGAAAUUCACCAGCUAUUAAUGGAUCGUGAAGAUACUUGCCACCGCACUUGUUUCUCAUUACAGCUAGAUGGUGUCACGUUAGAUAAUUUCGCCGAACUGAAGACCAUUGAGGGUCUCAAGCAUGGAUCCACUAUCAAAGUUGUCGAGGAGCCGUACACGAUGAGAGAAGCCCGAAUUCAUGUGCGCCAUGUUCGCGAUUUAUUGAAGAGUAUGGAUCCAGCCGAUGCAUACAACGGCGUAGAGUGCAAUUCAUUGACAUUUUUACAUACAAUUACCCAAGGAGAUUUGUUGGAAAAGAAGAAAUCUCGUCCAGAUUCUGUAGACUGUACUCCGGCAGAAUAUAUAAUGCCUGGCGUUAAAGAGGCACCCUUAACACCACUUCAGCCUGGAGUUAAUAAGAAUUCAAAAGGACCUCAAGCUCUAAAGGUUCUUACUACUUCAGCUUGGAAUCCACCACCUGGUCCCCGGAAGUUGCAUGGCGAUCUUAUGUAUUUGUAUGUUGUUACAAUGGAAGAUAAACGCUUUCAUAUUUCGGCAUGCCCUAAAGGAUUUUACAUUAAUCAAUCGUCCGAUGAUGUUUUUAACCCAAAACCAGACAAUCCCAGUCAUCUUAGUCACUCUCUAAUUGAUUUGUUGUCUCAAAUUUCACCCUCUUUCAAACGUGCCUUCCAGCAAAUGCAGAAGAAGCGUACAUUGCGUCAUGCAUUCGAGCGUGUUGCCACUCCUUACCAAGUAUAUCAAUGGACUGCACCCCAAUUAGAGCACACCAUUGACGCAAUUCGCGCUGAAGAUGCCUUCUCCUCGAAACUGGGUUAUGAAGAACACAUUCCUGGUCAAACCCGUGAUUGGAACGAAGAAUUACAAACAACUCGGGAACUUCCCAGAAAAACGUUACCUGAACGUUUACUACGUGAAAGAGCAAUUUUCAAGGUACAUGGAGAUUUUGUCAUUGCUGCCACCAGAGGCGCCAUGGCUGUAAUUGAUGGAAAUGUUCUAGCCAUUAAUCCCGGAGAGGAUCCCAAGAUGCAAAUGUUUAUCUGGAAUAAUAUAUUCUUUUCACUUGGUUUCGAUGUACGUGAUCAUUACAAGGAGUUGGGUGGAGAUGUCGCUGCUUUUGUUGCACCUCGCAACGAUUUGCAUGGAGUGCGUGUAUAUAGUGCGGUCGAUAUUGAGGGACUGUAUACGUUGGGAACAGUUGUAGUUGAUUAUCGAGGAUACCGUGUUACAGCUCAAUCAAUAAUUCCGGGCAUUUUAGAACGUGAGCAAGAGCAGUCUGUUGUGUAUGGAAGCAUUGAUUUUGGCAAAACCGUCUUAUCUCAUCCUAAGUAUUUGGAGCUGUUACGCAAAGCUGGAAAGCACCUAAAAAUUUUGCCACAUUCAGUCAUUAAUGAACGUGAUGAACCAGUGGAAUUGUGCUCCUCUGUCGAGUGUAAGGGUAUAAUAGGCAAUGAUGGACGUCAUUACAUUUUGGAUUUGCUGCGCACCUUCCCACCAGAUGUCAAUUUCUUAAAGCUCGACAUUGAGUUAAGUUCUGAAUUGAAAGCAAUGGGCUUCCCAAUUGAACAUAAACACAAGUUAUCGUGCUUGCGACAAGAACUUUUGGAGGCCUUCAUUGAAGAUCGCUAUGUUAGUUUUAUUCGAAAUGCUGCUCAACAUUUGCAGCAGCUGAAUGCUAAUAAGAAAUCCGAAGAGAACAAUGCUGCAACAGCAGCAAUUACAGAAAAGGGCGAAGAAGACACAAAAGAACAGACAAAGGAAGAGGAGGAGAAUAAAAAAUCUGAGAGUGAUAAAAAGGCUACAGAUGCUCUAGAGCAUGCUUUUGAUGCCAUCAAAGAUGCUCAAACCAAUGUAGCUACAGCAGACGAAAAACAGGCUGCAGAAGUUGUUAAACGCGCUUGUGCUGCUGUUGGUUCUCUCAAAGAAAAGGAAUUCGAUUUCCGCUUCAAUCCCGAUGUAUUUUCUCCUGGUAUUCGUCAUGUGGAUGAUCCCAAUGGAUCGAAUUCGUUAACUAAACAGAAGAAAUUGGUACAAGAAGCGGCAGAGUUUUUGGUCUUGAAACAAAUUCCAGGCUUUAUAAAGGAACAUAUGAAUCACACAUCGCCACCUAUGGAUGGCACUAGCAUUACAGAAAUUUUGCACAGCCAUGGUAUCAAUGUGCGUUAUUUGGGUAAGGUUAUCACUAUGCUCGCUCAAGUGCCCCGCAUGGACUAUUUGCACAGAAUAACCGUGUUAGAAUUAAUUGUUCGUGCCACAAAACAUAUUUACUACACCUACAUGCAAAAUACGGAUGCCAUGCAUUUAUCAGCCGCCAUUAGCCACUUUUUGAAUUGUUUCCUUUCGUCUGGCCCCGUCAAUGCUAAUACAUCUUCCGAUGAACUGCAAAGGACCAAUAAUAACAGCAAUAAGCGCGGAAAAAACAAGAACAAGAAUGGAGGUAAAAACAAUCAGAAAAAUGGUGUUCAAGUAGGAAGUGAAAACAACGACUGGGCACUGAUAACACACAAGUCUUUGUGGCAACAGAUUAAAAAAGAAUCUAAAUCAUAUUGGGAUUACGAUCUAGGUUGUGAUUCUAUUGAGAGUGCGGUCGAGAAAUUCGGAUUCCAACGCGUGAGCAUUUUACGUGCCUUCUGUCUAAAAGUUGGCAUUCAGAUUCUGUUGCGUGAAUACAACUUUGAGUCGCGCAACAAACCAACCUUUGGUGAUGAAGAUAUUCUAAAUGUCUUCCCCAUCGUGAAGCACAUUAGCCCGCGGGCAUCCGACGCAUACAAUUUCUACACCACUGGCCAGUCGAAAAUUCAACAAGGCUUGUUCAAAGAAGGCUACGAACUGAUUAGUGAAGCCUUGAAUUUGUUGAACAAUGUAUUUGGUGCUAUGCAUUUUGAGAAUGGCUCUUGCCUCAGAAUGUUGGCACGUCUUAGCUAUUUGCUAGGUGAUGCUCAGGAAGCCUUGGCCAUUCAGCAACGUGCAGUAAUCAUGAGUGAAAGGGUAAAUGGUAUAGAUCACCCAUGCACUAUAUUGGAAUAUACUCAUCUAUCACUAUACUGUUUCGCCAACGGACAAAUCAGUACAUCGUUGAAGUUGUUGUAUCGUGCAAGAUACUUAAUGGUGCUCAUUUGUGGCGAAGACCAUCCUGAGGUAGCUUUAAUUGAUAGCAAUAUCAGUUUAAUUUUGCACGCAGUUGGUGAAUACGAGUUGUCUCUUCGUUUUAUUGAACAUGCAUUGAAAUUGAAUUUGAAAUAUUUUGGCAACAAGUCUAUGAAUGUUGCCGUCAGCUACCACUUGGUAGCACGAACUCAAUCCUGCAUGGGAGAUUUCCGCUCUGCUUUAAACAACGAAAAAGAAACCUAUUCCAUAUACAAAUCCCAAUUGGGAGAAACUCAUGAAAAGACCCGCGAAUCUGCCGAGUGCCUUCGUUUGCUUACCCAACAAGCUGUUCUCUUGCAACGUAAAAUGAACGACAUAUAUUCAAAUGGAAAACUAACAACUGGACUGCCUCCCAUUCAUAUACAACCGCCAACAAUGGGUUCUGUAUUGGAUAUGCUGAAUACGAUUAAUGGUAUUCUAUUUGUCCAAAUCAGUCAAAAAGAUAUUGCCAAAGUUAAAACUGAAAUUGAAAAGCAUUUGAAAACCACAAAUGAAGUAAAUGAAACAACUGAAACGCUUAAAAAGCUGGCCAUUAAUAAUAGUACGGAUGAGACUGAAGUUGCUAAAACAGAGCAACAGAUCAAUGGCAACGAACCUUCAUCCAGCAGCUGCAAUGGAGAAAAGGUUGCAGUGAAGGAAUCCUCUACAACAAGUUGAAUUCAUUUUAAUGCAACUUUUAAAUCCAAAAUACACCAAGUAAUCAUUACAAAACAAUAACAAACAAUAAUAUUAAAAAAAAAUCGAAAUUUGGAUAUUACAAGAGGACGCAGAAGCGUAAUGUGUUUUAAUGUGUUAUCAUCACAAACAAACACAAUAAUAAUAAAGUAUCAUUGUUAGACAACUUCAUUUUGUUUUUUGUUAUCAUCAUCGCCAUUUUAACUGAUACUGUUUUAUUUUUCUUUUAACUUUUUUUUUUUAAUUUGGAAAACAACAACUGAAAAAUAGAGCUUAUUGCUCUUACAUACUAUGUUAUAGAUCCCUGUUUGAAAGCAAAUCACUUUUAAAUAUAAAUCAAUCAAUCAUAUUUGUUUUCUUUUUUAUAUUAUUAUAAUUAUAAUCACUGUUAUUUUUAGCUUCUUUAGAUUUAAUAUUAAAAACAUCGCAAUUUGUUGAACAAAAUUAAAAUGAAAAAAAACUAUGUAGAACGAACUGAACACAUUAAGAUUCAAAAGAUAGCAAGAAGCAUAAUGUUGUUCGCGUACUUCUAUGUAUAAGGUAUUUCAAAAUUUUUUAUACUUUGAAAUUAAUACAAAAUAAAAUAAAAAUAGGAAAUAGUUUAUUAUUACUAUCCAAUGAAAUAAACACCUACACACAUUUAUAUUUGUAUGUAGUUUUUGAUAAAAUAAAUCAACAUAUACAUA